CAACCAGCACAAGGAUUCUGCCCAUCAUUAUGGGCCAACCACUGACUGGCGUUGGUCCCAGCAACUGGACGCUGUGCGGCGCCGUACUGCUCUUCAUUCUGCAGCUAUUCCAAACCUCCGAUGCACUGCAUCACACCGAGGAGGGGCUCGAGUUGCUCUUUCGUGAACGCUCACAAUCGGACUGGGAGAAUGUGUGGCAUCAGGAGACGCAUUCCCGUUGCCGGGACAAGCUCAUCCGUCAGCUGUACUGGGCCUGCGAGAAGGACAUCUAUCGUCUGACGCGACGCAAUCGCAAGCGGACGGGCAACGAUGAGGCCUGGCUCAAGCAGAGCUCCGCCACGAAACGUGAGUCCAAAGAUGAGCCCUGGAGCCGGCCAAGUCCUUCACUGCAAAUACUUUCAGCGGGAACGCCACCAUCGACUUGGCUGCAUGUCAACUAUGCCAAUAUGUUCCUGAGGACACGUCGCUCCAACGCUCCAUCGAUCACCAAUGAAUGCUGCACCAAGGCUGGCUGCACCUGGGAGGAGUAUGCCGAAUAUUGUCCCUCCAACAAGCGGCGCAAUCAUUAUUGAUUUCCCCCACAGAUACUAUGGUAUAUAUGUGCUUUCCUUUUGUUGUAUCCUUUGCCGUUGCUGUUUUUGUUGUGGUUCUUGUUGUUGUGGCUGUGGCUGUUGCUGUUGCUGUUGCUGGUGUCAUUGUGUCGUUUUGGG